AUGAGCGCACGUUCACGGCGACUCGAACACAGCUUGGGAAGUAGCUGGGGCGACGCUGACUACGCAUCCGGUGACGAAGGCUCCAUUCACUCGGCCAGCGACGAAGCCAGCGAGUUGGAACUAGAGGACUCUGACAAAGAAACUGUACUAGAACCACGGACGACCGUGACACCCAGGCCUAAGCGCAAGCAUCUCAGCAAGUCAACACCUACGGCGCAAACGCAGGAUCGACCCAUAAGGAAGCCAGCAAGUCGGACCAAAGCCAGCCAGUCGCAAAAGAUAGGACCCGAUAGAACACCGAAACAAGACGCAUCCGAGCCGAGCUUCAUCAUGCCUUCCAUGAGUAACUCGCCAAGUGGUUACAGCGGCUCGCCAGGUCCAAAAUCUCAGCCGCGGAACCGAGUAAGAAAUACCCAGAACCGCCCAUCAGACUCGCCCCUUGCACCAGGCAGCUCUUUCACGAAAGGGUCCGUCAGCGGGUAUCCGCAAGCGCCACAACAGAACCAGGAAGAAGUCAGCCCAUGGCACUACGUGAAUCUCUUUUGGGAUAACGUCGCCGCACCACUCCUCGCCCACUUCCUCGACAUCUUCUCCUACGCGAUGCGACACUUUAUCAAGCCGUUCUUAGGGGUCGCCCUCGGUGUUGGUAUCCUAGUCUUCGGCAUCCAGCUGGCAUCCGGGAUACUACGAUCCACAGUAUCGAACGCUGUAAUGGGGCCUGUUUGCGCGAUACCAGGCUUUUCCUACCUCAUCCCCGCAUGCGCUACGCUAGACGCGUCAGAACCUCAGGCCGACUUUGAGGAACUCAUCAAUGUUCAAAGUCGAUUCGAGGAUAUCCUGGACGCAUCGAAAGAUACUUCUGCUCUGCCCGCCACGAUCAAGAACUCCGAGCUUGCUAUUCGCGACUUGCGUAUUCUUGUCAAGCACUCUCGUCUUCCGAGCCGCAAGACCUUGGAUAAUGAAUUCGAGUACUUUGUACAAACAGCUAACGAGGCUUCCGUUGAUCUGUCUCGUUACAACAGUCGCAUAGGGGCAGCUAUGGACCGUGUAAUUGCGACAAACACCUGGACCAUGAACGUGUUGUCUGGUAUCUCGGAGAAAGAGGCUUCCAUUGGCGCCGUUGGCCGAGUUAUCAACCAGGUCACGGGUGCGUUCGUCGCGCCACCGCCAACGCUCCAACAACGCAUCUUCGACCAGUACGUCUCACACGUCAGCAAGAACAAAGACGAGAUUACGCGUCUUAUCGAAACAGCUCAAGCUCUGCUUCUUGUUCUGCACAACCUUGAUGAGCGACUAGGCACCAUCUACGAAAUUGCAACAGGCGAUGACCAGACGAUAACAGGCAGACAAGAGGAGCUUCUUUCAAGCCUUUGGACGAAGCUCGGCGGUAACCGCGGGGAUGUAAAAGCCAACACCAAGUCACUUACUCUACUUGCCAACAUCGGAGCCUAUCGCAAGAGAGCGGUCAAUCAUGUAUCUGGCACACUUCUGAAGCUGCAAGAGAUCCAGGCCGAGUUGGAGAAUUUGCGUGAGGGAGUUGCGGCGCCAGAGAUGUUGGGGUACAGAAGUGAUCUACCUUUGGAGUACCAUAUCGAUGCUAUCGGGAAGGGUGUGGAUAGGCUGCAGGUCAGUCGUGGAGAGCACAUGAGGGUUGAGGGGGACACGUAUAAGAGGCUUAUGCGUGGCGGCGAAGAAGGCAAGGGUAGAAGGGAGCUGCCUGGACCGACAGUCACCGUGAGGGCGAAGUAG